AUUUUUGGAUCAUGUUUCUUAUACCAAGUCAGAAAGUUAGAUCAUGUUUCUUAUACUGUGCUCUGUUUCCGGAAGAUUUUGUUAUACUUAAAGAUGACUUGGUAUAUUUUUGGAUGUGUGAGGAUAUAUUAGAUGAAUAUGGUAAUGUAGAGGAAGCCAAAAAUGAGAGUUACCAUAUCAUAGGAACUCUUCUUACCUCAUGUUUGUUGGAAGAUGAAGGAGAUUCGGUAAAAAUGCAUGAUGUAAUUCGUGACAUGGCAUUGUGGUUAGCUUGUGACCUUGGGAAAGAAGGCGAGAACAUCCUUGUGGAUACAGGUGCUUAUCGAGCACCAAAUAUUGCGAAAUGGAAGAACGCGAAAAGGGUUUCAUUGAUGGGUAGUAGUGGUAUCAAAUGUCUAGAUGAAAAACCAAGAUCUCCCAAUCUGUUCACCUUAUUUCUCAGAGUAAGUUUUUUAAAGAGGAUUGUGGAUGACUUCUUUGAUUUCAUGCCUACGCUACGAGUUUUGGAUUUGUCUGAAAAUAGCCGUAUAACUCAACUGCCAUCUGGAGUUUCAAAUCUAGUUUCAUUACAGCAUCUGAACUUGUCCAAAACAGGCAUAAAACGGUUGCCGAUGGAGAUAACGGCAUGUGCAUGCCUAAAAUAUUUGAACUUAGAGCGGACGUUCAUGCUUGUUCCCCCAAAUUUAUUAUCAAGUUUCCCGCUUCUUAAAGUUUUGAGAAUACUAGAUUGUGGCUCUUCUAGCGGAAUUUUUUUUAAUAAUGAGAAAACCAUGAUAGACGAACUGCAGGGUUUAAAACACCUUGACGUCUUGACUUUGACAGUAGGAAGUACCUCUUGUUUCGAGAAUUUGGACAGCCACCACAUAUUAGUGACUUGCACUCUAACCUUAUGCCUCAAGGGCGAGGGUGGGUUUAGUUACGGGUACCCUUCAAGUGAUGUUAAUUUAUCACCUGUGGCAAUGGCAAAUAUGAAAUUCCUUGAUACCCUUCAAAUUAAACGUAUGGCGGAUGUGUACUUUUCGUGGAAAAUACCUUUGGAAAAUCCGAGUUGCUUCCUUGGUCUUCAGUUCGUAGAAGUAGUAGAUUGCAUGAAUCUCAAGAACCUGGAAUGGCUCGUUUUUGCUGCAAAUCUCAUCCACUUGCAUGUAUAUGGCUCCUCUAAAAUGACGACAAUACUCGUUUGUGAGGAAAUUGUGGGUUAUACAUUGACCCCAUUUGCAAAACUCACUGUUUUGCGUUUGAGCCAACUUCCCCGCUUGCGGAGAAUAUGCGAAAAUCCCUUGCCCGUUCCAUUUCUGAAGAAAAUCCUUAUAUCUGGAUGUCCAGUGCUCAGUAAGCUGCCUCUCAACUCUAGCAGUGCUCAAACAAGUAAUCUCAUUAUUGAAGGAGAGGAAAAGUGGUGGAAUGGCUUAGAGUGGGAGGACCAAGCGGCUCGAAAUGCUUUUCUUCCCUGCUUCAGACCCUGUAAGUAAGGAGGGGCUUCCCUGAUAUGUCCGUUCUCCAGUUUAAUUGAAUUUAUUCCAAUAGCAUUUAAGGCAAUGUAUUAUAGUCCAGCUCUGUACAUGAUGUCUGAAUUUUAAUAAUUACAUGAUUGUCGAGAUGUUAUUGCUAAUUUAUUGAUCUUAUUAAAGCCAA